AAAAUGAAACCGUUUGAUUUAGCUCGGCGACCUCAAGCCGCCGGAUCAGCUUGCAUGUCGGCGGUGUCGCGAUUCAUAUGAGCUCAAAGGUCGGGUUGUCUAUCGUUUUCUAUGAACGAUGCAUGGCCAGUUACAGUUGGGAAGUAAAUGUUACUCAAAAACCCUAAUUUAGGUUGCAGAGAAGGAAGAAAGCAAAACAAUCAUCAUCUAUUUCAGAUCAUAAUUUUGUGGGUUUAUUGGAGAUGGCGAAGAUGAUCUGGCUCAAGGGGAAGGAUCAUCUUCCUUGCGUUUCAAAGGAGUUGAUUCUUCAGAAGAGCAUUGUGAGCAAAUGUAUGGAUUUUUGCCAUGCUCUGAAAAUCUCCUAGGCCACCUCUUCCUCAUAGUCGUGUACGAGUACUUGUUGUACCACGGAGAAGGCUAUGUCGCUUCUGGAGGUAAACGGAUUUUCAAGAUUCUUGGUCCUGGUGUCUUUGGUGCGAGUGCUUUCCAGGUGCUCGGUUUUCUUCCGGAGUCAUUGAUACUUCUCGUUACUGGACUUAUGAACACCAAAGAUGUAGCUCAAGAGUAUGUCCUGACUGGAGUUGGGUUGCUAGCCGGAUCGACAAUAUUCCUUCUCACUUUGCUAUGGGGAACUUGUGUCAUCAUUGGGCGUCAGGAUUUUUCCUCAGAAUCUGGUUCCAAUCCUACAUUGGUUCCUACCAGAAGCCCUUACAAAAAGUUGCAUUCGUUUCUUACUGGUUCUGGUGUAAUUACAGACCCAGAGACAAGUUCAACAGCACAGAUUAUGCUUAUUUCAGUUAUACCAUUUAUGUUUCUCAUGAUCCCAAAGCUAUUUGGCAUGACAUAUACUGUUCGUGGAUACAUCUUCAUAAUCACACUUCUUGUUUCCGUGACGUUCUUGCUAGUAUACUUCAUUUAUCAGGUGUUUGAGCCUUCGAUCCAAAAGAGACGAUUGUCGUACGUCAAACAUGAGCAUUUAGUUUUAGACAUACUAAAACAUUUACAGGAGCACACCGCAGAAAAAAUACUCACGGAAGAUGGUUUACCAAACAUGGCUGCUAUAAAAAGUUUGUUUACAAAAAUUGAUCAAGAUGGCGAUGCUUACAUAUCUUUUCCUGAGCUGAAAGAACUUCUCCAGGAUAUAAAAUUCAGGCAAACUUGGAACAAAGAGAAAACAAUCGAAGAAGUGAUGAAAGAAUUUGACCAUGAUGGAGACACAAAAGUAACAAUUGAUGAAUUCAUCGAUAGAUUCACAAAAUGGCUUGAUGAGACUAAGAGUGCCGUAAGUAAACCGUAUCGCUCACUUGAUUCUUGGAAGGACUUGUAUCAGGUGGUCCAACCGUGGGUUCAAACCAAAAGGAAAGAACAAGAAACAAUGAAGGUCCUUGUAUCAGAAAUUAUCAGCCAUGCUAAAAACACUCCACUUGGGAGCUUCUAUAAAGAAGAUGGAACACCAAAUGUAUCUGCCAUAAAGAGAUUGUUUGAGAGCUUAGAUGUCAACAAAGAUAACUCUGUAUCGUUAUCCGAGUUGAAACAACUUAUGAUGGAUGUCGACUUUGGGAAGACAUCAUGGAAUGUGGAUGAAGCAACUUCUCACAUAAUGGAAGACCUUGACAGAAGUGGAGAUCAACAGAUUGACGAAGAGGAAUUCGUAGAUGGAUUUAGGGAAUUGCUUAACACAUCUAAUGAUCAGAUGAGCCCCAAGACGCCUGGACCUAAAGAUAUAUCCCGGAAACCAUGGGAAAAAUGGGAAGAUUAUGGUGAAGAUAGAUCGGGUUGGGCCUGGACAAAGGCUAUAAUGCUGGUGGUGGUUGGGAUAGCUGUGUUAGCACUUCUCGCUGAACCUCUUAUCCACAGUGUUCAGAAUGUCUCCAACUCGGCGACCAUACCAUCUUUUUUCAUAUCUUUCAUAUUAGUUCCCUUGGCCUCAAAUGCUAGAGUAGCCGUCUCCGCCAUCCAAACUGCAAGUCAAGGGAAAGAACGAACCACAUCGUUGACAUUUUCUGAGAUAUAUGAUGGGGUGUUCAUGAACAAUGUUCUUGGAUUUUCUGUUCUUCUAGCAGUCGUAUAUUUUCGAGGAUUGAUGUGGCAUUUCACUGCUGAAUUAUCGGCCGUGUUCAUUGUAUGUGUGAUCAUGGGCACAGCAGCCGGAUUCCGAUCAAAGUUCCCUGUUUGGACAUCGAUCAUAUCGUACCUGCUUUAUCCCUUAUCUUUGAUCUUUGUGUAUUUUUUUGGUGAUUUUUAACAGAACAUAAUUAGAGAGUAGGAAAGGAGAAAGAUGAUGCAUUAAAUUUGUUCUUUGUAUCUAUAAAAAGCUCAAGUCUUGGGAAUUUAUUGAAAUAUGGUAAUUUAUCUACUCUAACUUACUAAAUUUGCA